UCCCAGUCCCCGAAUUAUUCAAACAAUAAUAAAAUCCCACCAGCAACUCCAAACGAAACCAUUUUCACUUCUUACCUCCCUCCCUCCCAUUCCCCCGCAAUUCUCACGGGCAAUCCGUUCUCCAAGCAGAAACAAAGAAGAAAACAAACUAAGAUAGUAUACCUCCAUGGACGAGUCCUCAGCUCAACGCCGCCUCGACACCGUUCAGAGCCACCUGCUCCUCGGCGGCGGAGACGGCGACGACGAUCACUCGCUUCGUUUGCAACCUAACUUCACCGCCUCGUUGCAGUUCGUUAACAGUCAUACGUACAGCGUAAAUCUACCGGAGAAAUUGCAGACGGGGAAAUGGAAUGUUUACAGAUCUGUGCGGUCUCCAUUGAAGCUUCUGAGCAGGUUUCCUGAUCAUCCAGAGAUUGGGACAUUGCACGAUAACUUUCAGCAUGCUGUUGAGAGUUAUCGAGAUUACAAGUACUUGGGGACACGAAUUCGGCAAGAUGGAAAAAUUGGAGACUACAUGUGGAUGACAUAUGGAGAAGCUGCUACUGCUAGGGAAGCGAUAGGUUCCGGCCUUCGUUAUCAUGGCUUGGAUAAGGGAGCUUGUGUUGGAGCUUAUUUCAUAAACAGACCAGAAUGGCUGAUCGUGGAUCAUGCUUGUGCAGCAUAUUCAUACAUCUCGGUUCCCUUAUAUGAUACUCUUGGUCCAGAUGCAGUUAAGUUUGUGGUGAAUCAUGCUGAUGUACAAGCCAUCUUUUGUACCCCUGAGACCUUGAACACUCUGUUGACAUUUGUCUCUGAGAUUCCGUCAGUGAGGCUCAUAGUGGUAGUUGGGGGUGUAGAUGAGAACUUACCAUCGCUACCUUCUUCUGGAGUCAAGCUCAUAUCUUAUCUGAAAUUGAUUGGUGAGGGCCGCAGCAGUCUACAACCUUUCAUUCCUCCUAAACCUGAAGAUGUUGCAACCAUAUGUUACACCAGCGGUACAACUGGGACGCCGAAGGGAGUUGUCUUGACACAUGGAAACUUGAUCGCAAGUGUUGCUGGUUCCAGUUUGUCUAUCAAAUUCAAUUGUUCAGAUAUCUCCGAGGAGCUGCCGACUGGGAAUGCCACCACCGCAGAAGAGCAACCGUCGGUUGUGCAGGUUGACUCAGACGGUGAUCUUGAGAGGCGAGCAGAGCAACCGGACGUGGAAGAGGUUUUGGUAAUCGAGCCGCCAGCCACAGAAGAGACGCUCAGCAGCGUAGAGCAGAAGAAGGGAGCGGAGCAGAAGCUGUGGCCGCGGACAGGCGACGAUUCCGCCAUCAUUGCGUCCUCUGGUUUGAAGUCCCUCACCAAAGAGCCGCCGCCCUCUACGGAAGUCAUCACAACCAUUCCAGUCCCAACCACCAAGAAGCCGACCAUGGAUGUCGGAAGAACGCGAUCACUCAAUGACUUCCAUGACACCCUUCCAUCGAUUGUCGCCAUGGAUCCAAAAAACCAGACCGAGCGAGGGCCGAAUCAGCACUCGAUCGGAGAUGCUGUCAUCCCCAGGCUGCGGGUCACCUCGCCGCCGUGGCCUCCACCGGGCGAAUUCUUGUCAGCCUCGGAGCAAGAAGCUACUGAGAAGUUGACGGCGAGUCUAGUAGAUGGAGAGACUGAGCGAGAUGCUGAGCCGCGAUCCGCUGUCGGCGUGCCCGGCCAUACUGCCAAGUCGAGGCAGCCAUCGUUUCUGGUAGUAACUCCGAAGGUUAGAGAAGAUGAAUUAACCACCCGGUCUGCAGUUCUAGUCCGAGUGCUUCCGGGUCAAAUCGAUACUUGGAAAUGUAGGAUGACGUGGGGAUUAAUCAUAGGACAGUCCGUACAGUCCGGGAUUGAUCAGCAAGCUGUCGGGUGCUCCAAACCGACCCGGGAACAAGGUUACGGUCCUGUAGAGAUUCGUUUCGACGUCAAGGCUACUACGGCCCUGAAGAUGUCGAGAUGGAAAGAUGGAGUUAGCCAGUUGCACAGGGGACCCGCAGUACCUAGCAGGUUGGAGUAUCUUAAUUGCUUCUCAAUUUGUUUCGUUUAUAUAUAUAAUUGGAACUUUGGGGAUAAAGUAACAGAGGAAGAGGGUAUGAAUCGAUUGGAACCAAGGGGGAAUGAGCCACCAAAAUUGUCUUUCUCGCCCUUAAUUUGUGGGUUUGGCAACAAGUUAGGAAAGGAAAUCCUUGUGAAGACUUUGCUUGAUUGGUUAUACGGAGACCAGGGGCAUUUGAUUAUUGGGUGGGAUUUGCCACGAACUCAAGUAUGGGCUAAUUCAGUUUUAGUGGACCUGAAUUACUCGGGAUGCAUGUGUCACCCUCAAUUUGUGAAGCUAGCCACGAGGUGGGAUGAAGAAGUGAUGUCGCUAGGAGAAGAGUUCUCCAAAAGAGCAAUAGAGAAGCGGCUUGAACAGCAGCAUAAAGCGGGAGGCUAUGACUUGCGGAUAUCGGGGAACGGAACAAUAUUACAUUGGUCAUUCGGCAUAGCUGCACCUGAACCGCUCAUCUCCGUGCCAUGGGACACGCAACUGGUGGGAGGGAACAUCACUUGUUGGCAAUUGUUGUUCUUUGGAUGCACAUGGAAAGGGGACCCUGCUUGCCUCGCACGAGUACCACUUGUGGGACUUUUUGAGCCCAAUUGCCUCGACUUCAGCUCGUGGCAGUUGAGUUUGGUAAGGGGGGCUGGUAGCGAGACGUUUGAGGUGCUUUUGGAUGGUCGUAGCGGAGAUGGCGACGUGGGGCAGGAGGCUACGAACGGGGCGGACAUUAAGAAGGCAAGAUGGAUGCAGGGAAUGUGGAAAUGGGAGGAUGGAAGAGGUUGCAUGCGUGGAGUGGAAGGGCGGUUGUAUCCUUCAUUGUGUGAGGAACGAGGUGCAGGAAGAAGUGUUCAAUGGAAGCUCGGGCUCAUAUUUAUCACCACAAGUGCAGCAGAGGACAGUUUGAAAUUGAUGGAUGAUUUGGCAGCUUUAAGACCGACAAUAUUCUGCAGUGUCCCUCGGUUGUAUAAUCGGAUAUAUGAUGGGAUCACAGCUGCCGUGAAGACUUCUGGAGCGUUAAAGGAGAAAUUGUUUAAUGCUGCCUUCAACUCAAAGAAACAAGCAAUAAUGAGCGGUAUGUGUAUUGGCUAUUCCUGAGUGGUUCAUGACUUUGAGGGGUUGUCGUAAAAUAGCCAAUUCUUAAAUUUUUAUUUUCUUGCUGCUUGGAAAGUCUACAAGUUUUGGAGCUGUGGUUAUUGGUUAAUAUGAUAUCCUGUAAGAUGAUUACUUCAGGCCGAACUCCAUCGCCAAUGUGGGACAGAUUGGUAUUCAAUAAAAUAAAAGCUAAGCUAGGAGGGCGGGUUCGGCUUAUGGGAUCAGGGGCGUCACCUCUGUCUCCUGAUGUUAUGGACUUCUUGAGGGUGUGCUUUGGAUGUCAAGUGCUUGAGGGAUAUGGAAUGACUGAGACGUCUUGCAUCAUAAGCAUUAUGGAUGAGGGUGACAAUCUAUCUGGUCACGUUGGAUCUCCAAAUCCUGCUUGUGAAGUAAAACUGGUGGAUGUUCCUGAAAUGAAUUACACCUCCGAAGACCAGCCUUUUCCUCGUGGUGAAAUCUGUGUUAGGGGUCCAACCAUCUUCCAGGGCUACUACAAAGAUCAAACCCAGACAGGAGAAGUAAUAGACGAGGAUGGAUGGUUACAUACAGGAGAUAUUGGAUUAUGGCUAGACGGUGGGCGCCUCAAGAUUGUUGAUAGGAAAAAGAACAUCUUCAAGCUCACACAGGGCGAAUACAUAGCUCCAGAGAAGAUCGAGAACGUUUACACCAAAAGCAGAUUCGUUGGCCAGUGUUUCGUCUCUGGUGAUAGCUUCAACUCAUCCUUAGUCGCCAUAGUAUCAGUGGAUCCAGACGUGUUGACAGAAUGGGCAACUUCCCAAGGGAUCAAGGCUGACGAUUUAGGCCGACUAUGCAAUGAUCUAAGAGCUAGAGCCGCAGUCCUCGCUGACAUGGAUUCAAUAGGAAGAGAAGCACAGUUGAGAGGUUUCGAGUUUGCCAAGGCUGUAACUCUUGUUCCUGAGCCGUUUACCCUGGAGAAUGGGCUACUAACUCCAACCUUCAAGAUUAAGAGGCCGCAGGCUAAGGAAUAUUUUGCCAAAGCCAUAACUGACAUGUACGACGAGCUUUCUGCUUCCGAACAUCAAACUCCGACCUCAAAGCUGUAGUGAGACCGGUCAGAUGAAUCGUUCAUUUCAUUGGUUGGUUACUUUCAGUCACUUAUCAGCUUAGAUUAAUGACACAGAAUUAGUAUAAGAAAAUAAUCCACCCAAAAUCCAACAAAUAAUAAAUAUAUAUAAUAAUUCGUUACUUUAACUUUUGAGGUGAAAUGAGUUUGUUUUGGAUGCCGGGGCGAGGGUAUAUAUUCACAAAUAAAUUGUUGUUGUAAACUAAAUUCUGAACUGAAUCUGGGGUUCCCGAAUUACGAGCCACUCAACUUUAAUCUAUUUUCAGUUUGGUCCCGCAUUUUGUUAUUUAGGUAGUAAGAAACAAGUUUUCUUUCAUGAUGAUUGAACGUAUUAUUAUUGGUGAACAUUGGAG